AUGGUCGGUACCUACGACCUCCAACAAUUUGCGCUUGCUCAGUGCGCAUUCACCAUCAAUCACGCUGACCUCACGGACAACACGCGGAAAGCGGCUUUUGGCCGCGUGCACAACAUGUACAUUUUCACGGACUUACCGCCGCAGCCCAGCGAAUGGACCGCUAAGCAACUCAAGGCGCUCAACCGCCUGUUGCGGUCGUUGCUCAACAGCGCUGUCUCGUGGGACGCAUUCCAGUACAUCGUCCAGCACCACAUCCUGACCGACCCGUGGCUCAUGUCGCUGAAACAGUCAAAUCAAUAUGACCAGUUCCCCCUUUACCGGACCGCAGAGGGCAACUUCCCGAACACGAUGGAGGAAUACUUCAUGUGGAGGCGCAUACCGUACGUCACCCUCGAAGAGGACAGCUCGCGCGAGACCAGGAGCGCGUCUCUCGCGCUGUUCUUGAAGCAGUGGUGGAUCCGCAACGACCGUGUCAGGUCCGGUGGACCGCCUCUCUCACAUGAGGCCAACGACUUCGACUUCAGCCGUGUGUCGGACGCAGAGCGCGCCACGGCAAGGGAAGAACAACGAAGGCAUCGCAGCCCCAGGGAGCAUUCCCCGCUGCCGCCAAUGCUCGACAACGUGCUGGUCGAGGCCGCGCGGUGCAAGCGGAGGAAGGUCAACUGCUCGCUCACGGACCAACGAGCCUCUGAGGCGGUUGACUCGCCGCGCGCGUCCCUGGCACCUGUGCUGCAGAAUAAUUCCGCACCCGACUCUCUACCACGUGCACGCUCGUCAUCGCGUUCGCCCGCGCCUUCUCCAUCGCAUUCGCCCUCGCGUUCUGUCACUCGCUCGACGCCCGCAUCGCCGCCCAACGUUGUAUCCGACUCAUCAUCCCCGCUGCCGGCUGGGCGUAUCGCAUCUGCACAGUCGCAGUCGCCCGCUUCUUCUGCAAGCCCAUCGACCGUCUCAGUGGCGCAGAUGAUGGACGUGGAUCCUGUGUCGCCAGGAACAUCAAGCAGUGUUGACGCGGGUGCUGGGCCUUCGAGCUUUGGAGCCCAUCGUGUCGCGAGACGCAAACUCAACGAGCUCGACACCAAUGCGAUCAUCCGCGAUGUCAAGCGAUCAUCGGAUCUCCCUAUGGCCGAACGAUUGAACGUCCAUCAGGGGGUGAUCGCGCGGCUCAUCAACGAGGUCGCGAGAUUGCGGGGUGCCCUUCAGGCGACGAAGAAGAAACGUGCUCGGUACGGGGGUGAUGAAGAUGAUUGA